ACACUACGCACACUAGACGGAACACACUCUUCGUCUCCGCCCAACACCCCCUCGUCUCCGUCCCUUUUCUCGUUCUUCGUCUUCCAUCCUCGACCCAUUUCCAUUUGCGUUGAGUGAGCGCUAAUUUUGGGCCGUUUCUAUAUUAAGCACGGCAAAAUAUCGUUUCCGUCCCCGACGACUAUAUAAUUCCCGCGGAGGCGGUCACCGACUCACCGUAAUACCAGUGCUCGAUCGCUCGCUUCACGAGCUCCCUGGGUCUGGGUGGGGAGGUUGACCAGGGCACCUCCCGGAUCCUGAAUUAAGGCCACCGUUCGUUUCCCCUCCCCUCCCUCCCCCUCCCUCGCAUUUAGCCUCUCACCGUUGUGGGGCGAGCCGCGGGCCAUUUUCCCAACCGUCGUUCCGGUGGUGGCCGGGCGCCAGGUUGCGGUGAGUGACUCAUGGGCAUCCAGGUCGCGCCCCCCUCCCCAUCCUCUCUGGGCGGCGGCUGCGUGAGGCUGUCGAGGGCCCAGUCGUCGUCGUCGCUGGCGACCUGGAGCGCCGGCAUCGCCCGCCGGCGCUCCGGGCACGCGAUGGUGACGCGCGCCCUCAGCGCCAGCAUCGACAGCGUCGGCAGCCACGGCGGGGAUGACGAGGAGUUCCUCAGGAGGAUCCAGGAGCUCGCCGUGGGGCUGCACCCGGGCGCCGGCGGCUGCGGCUGGCCGGCGAGCGUGGAGCGGAGCGCCAGCAGCGUCGGCCUGCCGCUGUCGCUCAGGAUGCUCAAGCGCAAGAAGCGGCAGCAGGGGCAGCGCGGCCGGUGGGACGAGCGGCUGCUCGACCGCGCCGGCGAGUCCGGCUCCGGCCGCGGCGCUGUGGGACGGGCGUUCUCGUCCAUGGUGCUCAUCAUCCGGGAGCUCCAGAGCUUCGCGCUGCAGAUGCGGCAGGCGCUCUUCUACGAGGACAUGCAGAGCGUGCUCGCGCGCGUCCACGCCGAGAUGGACGCCUCCUUCGUCUGGCUCUUCCAGCACAUCUUCGCCGGCACCCCCGCCCUCAUGGUCUCCGUCAUGCUCCUCCUCGCCAACUUCACCGUCUACUCCAUGGGUGACAAUAUCGCGAUGGCCGCCAACCUCCCGCCUCCCCAGCCCACCGUUGCGGCCGUCGCAAUGCUCGACGCCCAGCACGCGGAGCAGUCCCGUCCCGAUCAGCGGUUCGACAGCGUGUCGCUCAACAUGUUCUCCAUUGGCCGCACGGCCUCGGUGGACGGGAGCAGCGGCGGCGGUGGCAAGGCUCCGCCGGUCGCCGGGGCCACCGGCGACGAUCGCUCGGACGAAUCCUCGUACCGGCAAAGCGGCGCGGUGCUUCCUCAGGACGAGUCACAGGCGACGCCGGUGGGGGCGGCCGCGGAGGACACGGAGGACGAGCUGGUCAUCUGGAAAAGGAUAGCCGACGAGGCGACGAGAAUGCAGGCGAGCGUGCGCGUGGAGGCUCUGAUGGACCCGGACAUCCUGGGGCAGCUCGUCGCGCCGGUGGAGGCGAAGCUGGACACGGAGGACGUGGCCGAUUACGCGAGGACGGAGCAGAGAUACGCGAUGGCCGUGUCCGAGGAGCCCAGCAACGCGCUGCUGCUCGCCAACUUCGCGCAGUUCCUGUACCUGGUGCAGCGCGAUCACGACCGGGCGGAGCACUACUUCAAGCGGGCGGUGCGCGCGGAGCAGCCGGCGGACGCGGAGACGCUGGGGUGGUACGCGACGUUCCUGUGGAAGGCGCGCAACGACCUGGCGGCCGCGGAGGAGACGUUCCAGGAGGCCAUCGCCGCCGAGCCCAGCAACGGGCACCACGCGGCGGCCUACGCGCACUUCCUGUGGAACACGGGCGGCGAGGACACAUGCUACCCCCUCGACUGACGCGCGCGCCCGCCGGCCGGCCUCCGAGAUCCAGCAGCACACCACGUCGAUACGUCCCAGAACACGAAGAAAAAGAGUAUAGUAGGAAGAGAGAGAGGAUUUUUUUUACUCCACCCCCGCAAGAAGUCCACGCACUUCUCUCCCCAUGUGCUUGGCCAACCACGAAGCAAAUACUAGUACUACUACGCUUGCAAGUGCAGCUUAUACAUUCA